CUUAGCUUCUAUUCUUUACUGCAAAUGUUAGAUUUGCCUCAAGUGACACAACUCGUAUUGACUCUACAUUAUCCGAUUCAUGUUAAUGCUGUUGUUGAUUUUACAUUCACGGCAAUAAUUAACUGCUUAGGAAUGAGAUUCAUUGACAUAAAUUCACUCCUUAAGAAAAUUCUACCCAAUAAUAGAAUAACACGGAAUGAAAAAACCUUGCAUUCAACAUACGGCAGAAUAUAUGUUAUAUCGACUGUUUCAAAUGUGCCAUUCAAAAAAUCUGAAGAAAAGAAGCUAAUAAAAGUUCUAAUUCUAAAGAGCCUUUACAAAGAAUUAACAGACAUUUCGGUGGAAGUAAAUCGAAUAUAUCAGAUACAAAUCGUAAUUUUAAUAGCGUCCUUCUUCACUGUUCUGACAGGAUUCUAUUACAUUUCAUUUGCAGGAAUAUUCUUCAAAAAUAUCGAUUUACAUGAACAUUGGUCUGCUAAAGUCAAUGGAUUAUUAUGGUGCAUUGCCUAUUCUUACAGAUUUUAUGACAUUACGAUAACAUGCUCGAGAGUUAGUUCUGAGGCGAUGAAAACAAAAGAAAUUCUAUUUGAAAUAAGAAAUGCGACAGAAGAUGAAGAAUUACAAUGUGAGAUUGAUCAAUUUACCUUGCAAAUAACUCAAUGUCCCCUAGUUUUUACUGCCUGUGGAUUAUUCACUCUAGAUUACAGCUUCUUUGAGAAUUUUAUAGGACGAGUAUUGAUGUAUACCGUGAUACUAAUACAGUUCAGUCCAGAUGUACAAAACCUAUUAUGA